CCUCCUCUCCUGUGUAACUUGUGUGUUUCCUGAUCCUGCCACAUUACAGGGUGGAUGGGAGGCAGGAGCAGGAGGCUGCUCCCUUAGCGUCCACACAGCAAAGCCCCCUCUAUUCAGUACCUGCCUGUGCCUCCCCAGCAUGCUCCAGUGCUUUGCCUCAGUUCCCUUCCCUCUCCAUUCACUCUGUCCCUACCUUCACUUGAUGUCUGACUGACAGAGGACCCUAUUCAUCCGAUACCGGGGGCUCUAGUGAGAAGAUGCCAUUUCUGACUGAGAGGGGCUGACCCACACAAUUUUUCCUUGUGAAUAUCCUAUCGCUGAUUGAUGGAGAGAGAGGGACUGAUAUACCAUAGUGUCAGGGAUCUUCUGAUGGGAGUACCCCCUAUACUCUGGGGGAAAGUCUUCUAAUCUCUCUGAGCUGGAAGUCCUUUUUCUUUCUUAAAAAUUAAAAAACAAACAAACCCAAAGGCUAAGCUGAAAGAUGGAACAGAGUGUCUCGGAGAGAAAACCCACCAUCACCCCGACUGCAGACUUCGAUGUAAUGGGUGCCUUAGACUGGAAAGACGGCAUUGCUACCUUGCCAGGUAGCAACAUACAAUUCCGUUUAAGUGAGUUUGGAGCAUUAGAAAUCAUUACUGAAGCAGAAGCCAUAAAAACUCUCUUGGCUCCAGCAAUAAAUGCCAGCAUAGCUGGCCUUAACCUUGGUGCUUCCACUCCGGCUGCUACCAACACCACUGCUGCCUCUGGCGCUGAUUCAACAGGGCCCAAAGACAACGUGCCUAGUUCUGACAUCUCAGCCUGUGAAAACUGUGGGCAGAUGGACUGCUUGGAGAAUGGGAAGUUUUGUACUCGAACCUGCUCUCAGCAGCAUAAAGACAAUGACUCUAAAGAUAUCCCAGCUGAUUGCAGAAACAGAAUAAGCAGCAAAAACCUUAAUGUCAGCAUUGGCUGCCAGGUUAAUGAGGCUGACAGACCCCUCAAGCGACUCCGAAGGAAGAGGAAACUUCUUCUGGAUUCUGAGGAUGAGGACGAAAAUGUAGAUGAUGAUGAGGAGAAGAAUAAAUCAAAUAAUAUGAAAAGUCGCAGAAAUACUAAACCUCUAAAACAAGUUGUUCCUGGAAAGAAGAUGGUGUGGAACUGGGUUUCUUACUUGGAAGAGGAACGGAUGCCAGCUGCUCCCCUAAAACUGUUCAAAGAGUAUCAAUCCUUCCCACAAACUAGGAAUGGAUUUAAAGUUGGAAUGAAGUUAGAGGGACUGGAUCCUGGACACCCAUCUUUAUUUUGUGUCCUCACCAUUGCUGAGGUGCAGGGAUACAGGAUGCGGUUACAUUUUGAUGGUUAUUCUGAGUACUAUGACUUCUGGGUUAAUGCUGACUCUCCAGAUAUCCACCCUGUUGGCUGGUGUGAAAAGACAAGUCACAAGCUGCUCUCUCCGAAAGGUUACAAGGAAGGGGAAUUUAAUUGGGUUUUGUAUUUGAAGAAUUGCAAAGCUCAAGCAGCCCCAAAAAACCUUUUCAAGACCCUCAGCACACCUGUCACACCAUCUGGUUUUCGGGUGGGAAUGAAACUAGAGGCAGUGGACAAAAAGAAUCCAUCUUUGAUGUGCGUGGCAACCAUCGCUGAUACGUUGGAUAACCGGCUGCUAAUUCAUUUCGACAACUGGGACAAGAGCUAUGACUAUUGGUGUGAUGCUAGCAGCCCAUAUAUUCGUCCUGUUGGUUACUGCCAAGAAACUGGAACCCCACUGACAACACCACCUGAAUACAAGGAUUCCAAAAGCUUUUCAUGGGAGAAAUAUUUGGAAGAAACCAGUUCCCAGGCAGCCCCAGCAAGAGCAUUUAAACUGCGUCCAGCCCACGGAUUCCAGGUUAACACGAAGCUAGAGGCCGUGGACAGGAGAAAUCCCAUGUUAAUAAGAGUGGCAACAAUAGCUGAGAAGGAGGACCAUCGUAUCAAGAUACAUUUUGAUGGUUGGGACCACAGCUAUGAUUUCUGGGUCGACGCAGACAGCCCUGACAUUCACCCUGUGGGCUGGUGUGCAAAAACCGGACACACCCUGCAGCUCCCGCUAGGUGCUGCUGAUAUGAUGGGAGUAGCAGGGCAGGGGUGUCCUACCCCCGGCUGCCAGGGUAUUGGUCAUGUCAGGGGACCCCGAUAUGGAACACAUUAUACGUUAGUUGGCUGCCCGUAUUCCGAAGUUAACCUCAACAGAGAAAGCUCAUUACAGGAUCGCCUCAGUGGGGAGAGGCCUUCACCCAGCAACAGUGUCCUGAAGCCCAAGAGACCAGAGACUCCUGCUCCAUUCAUAGACCCACAGGAGGACUCUCCACAGUCCAGAAAAUCUUCCAUGCAAGAUAGCGAAAGAUCGGGUCGAAGCAGCGUCCACAGUCUGUCAGAGCAGUCUGAAAACAGUCAAGAGAAGCAUUGGAUUGAAGAGGAAUCAUCUGCAGAUACCAUCGCGAAACCAAAAAAGGUUGGGUGCUCGCAUGCCUAUAGAAAGCUCCAGCUAGUGAAACAGGAAUACGAAGGGAAAGACACAGAAUUCACUCUGCAGCAGGCCCUCCAUCAGUCUGUCUUCAUGCCCUCCCUGUCCUCCAGCCCGACCCACCGCCUCCAUCUCUGCUGGGAGCAGCACUGCAGGCUGCUGCCGGAGGUUUCGGGCCUCACUGCGAGGAGCGUGGCCAAAUGGACCGUGGAAGAGGUGGCUAGCUUUGUCCAGCGUUUACCUGGCUGUAAGGAACAAGCUUCGGUAUUCAGGGAAGAGCAGAUAGAUGGUGAAGCCUUCCUCCUCCUGAACCAGGCGGACAUAGUUAAAAUACUGAGCAUUAAGCUGGGUCCUGCACUGAAAAUCUACAAUGCCAUCCUCAUGUUCAAAUCCGCAGAAGAAGACUGAGGAGAUCCCUCUUUGAUGCAGGCCAGGAGGGGACAAAGAGGAACAGGGGGAACGCAUCAGCAACCGAGUGCUUAGUGCCUGCUUUACACAGUGCUGAACAGACUGACUGGAACUUCUGUAAGCAGGGGCCUGAUCACGUUUCAGACUGACUAAACGUGAAACCUGUUGAAAGGAUAUCGAAGAUGUAAAAAUCCUGCCCCAGCCUGGGAUGGGGGGUGGUAUCACUUCCAGGAAGAGGAGAUGAUUAUAUUUUCUAAUUGAAUUUGGUUUUGGUAUAUUGAUCUCUUUUUAGGAUCUAGAAGAAACCUCCCGUUAUAAGGGGAAUCCAGGGUGAUAUUAUUAGAGGAGCUGCUAUCUCAAGCAAAACCCUCUGAGCAAAAUGACUGUUCUGUCUGACGAUAGUGCCUGAAAGAGUCUGAAUGAUCACCAGCGUGUUCAAUAUAUUCUAUAUGUUUAAAACUUGAGGGGGACAGUAGGAGAACAAAGGGGGGCGGGUUGCACUUCAAAGCAAUGCACUUGAAUUUCUCACCACUAGGAAUCAACUACUGACCCUUUCUAGACUGGUUUUUAAAUCCCACAGUUCAUCUUCUUGCUCUUGGCUGCCAAAUACUCUCAGCUAAUGAGAUGCCUGCAGACCAACAGAACCGCAGCAUUGGGGGGUCAAAAUGACUCCAUCAAAGAGAGAGGUUAUGUUAUUUUUGGAGAGAGCUCUAAGAUAGGCCUGUGAUUGGAAGAAGUUCUGUUUUAAGACAGGCAGUGGUUGGGCAGAGAUCUCCACUGAAGGAGUGGAUACGCUAAAGCUGUUUAGAAAAAUUAUCCUAGCUCAUGCAUUCCCACGAGGGAAAGUUUUUGGACUAUUGUCAUCUCUAUACCAUGGAGAUCUUACUGAGAAAUGACAUGGUAAAGAACAUUCAUGAAUUUGAUGGCCUCACUAAGACCCUCACCACUUUAAGAGCAGAACCAUGUUUAAACAAUCACGUUUAAACCCAGUUGUAGCUAGCAUAGUUCUCCUCCCAUUGUGAACAGGACCCCCUAACAAUAUUUGCUUUAGUUUUUAAACAGCAGGCACUGUGUUGAAUGACUAAAGCUUGUCAUGACACUGUCAUGUCAGAGUUCCUCGGAGCAUUCCAGCAUCACUGCAGGCAGAAUUGGCAGAGAAGGCUCCUUGGAUGAGGCUGAGGAUUUGAAUGGAAAGGGAAAAGUGCCUUUUGCAUGCAGGGAUGAGAUGAAGCUUCUGCCAAGAGAAUGGGAAGAGAGCGAGGCAGCCAUCUCUAGUUAAAAUUCCCUACCCCCAAUUUGCCAAUGGCACCAGACAUUCCCACGCUUUCUGAGCGUAUUUGGGGAAGGCAGAGGUUCAAAUAAGGGAACUAGUUUGUCCAGAAUGAGACAGGUAGCAAUUGUAUCGGGAGAGACAAAGUGUGUAGCUAUGUCCUUGUGCAAUACAUAACAAUCCACACACUUUGGUACCAAUAAAGUACUGGCAAUAUUUCCUGCUC